AUGCCGCUGCUGCUGCUGCUGCUGCUACUGCCGCCGCUGCUGCUGCUGCCGCUGGCGGAGGGGCGGCCGGCGGCGAUGCUGCGGAUGGGCCUGCGGGGCAGCCCCCGCGGGGAGGUGAGCCCGGCUUUCCUCUCCCUCACCCUGGACGCCAGCCUGGCCCGGGACCCGCGCUACGUCGCCUUGCUCAGCAAUCCCAAACUGCGUGCCCUGGCGACGGCCCUGUCCCCAGGCUUCCUGAGGUUCGGCGGCACCGAGACAGAUUUUCUCAUCUUUGAUCCCAACAAGGAUUCAACUUUGGAAGAAAAAAUUCUCUGGGAACUUAAGGCCCAGCAAGAGGCUUGUGGCUCAAGGCCUGCAUUUGCUGCUGUUGAGAAGCUGCUGCUGGCCCAGUGGCCCAGCCAGGAGAAGCUGAUUCUUGCAGAGCAUAACUGGAAAAAGCACAAAAACACCACCAUUACAAGAAAUACGCUGGAUAUUCUCUACAGCUUUGCAAAAUGCUCAGGGUUUCACCUGAUCUUUGGGCUCAAUGCCUUGCUGCGGAAAGAUGGCUUGCAGUGGGACAGCUCGAAUGCCCGGGCACUGCUGGACUACUGCGCCUCGCAGAGGUACAACAUCUCCUGGGAGCUCGGGAAUGAGCCCAAUAGCUUCAGGAAGAAAUCUGGCAUCUACAUUGACGGCUUCCAGCUGGGGCAAGAUUUUAUUCACUUACGCCAGCUUCUGAGUAACUAUACAGUCUACCGGAAUGCGAAGCUCUAUGGUCCCGAUGUCGGGCAGCCCCGAAAGCACACGCAGAGACUGCUGAGAAGCUUCCUGAAAUCGGGAGGGAAGGUGAUUGACUCUGUCACGUGGCACCAUUACUAUGUGAAUGGACGAAGUGCAACAAGGGAGGAUUUCUUGAGCCCUGAAGUGCUGGAUACCUUUGCCACAGCUGUACACAAAGUCCUGGAGAUUGUUGCUGGGACUGUGCCCAACAAGAAGGUCUGGCUAGGAGAGACGAGCUCUGCUUAUGGAGGGGGAGCUCCCAGGCUGUCCAACACUUAUGUUGCUGGCUUUAUGUGGUUGGACAAACUCGGGCUUUCAGCCAGGCAGGGGAUUGACGUGGUGAUGAGACAAGUUUUCUUCGGGGCAGGGACCUAUCACCUGGUGGAUGCCAACUUUGAGCCUUUGCCAGACUACUGGCUCUCGCUGCUCUAUAAGAAGCUGGUGGGUACCAAGGUGCUGCAGGUCAGCCUGGCAGGAGCCGACGAGAGGAAGCUCCGUGUCUACCUCCACUGCACAAACACCCUCCACCCAAAGUACAGAGAAGGGGACGUGACGCUGUUUGCCUUAAACCUCUACAACAUUACCCAACAUUUGCAGCUACCAAAUUACUUAUUGAGUAAGCACGUGGAUCAGUACCUAUUACUGCCUCAUGGGAAAGAGAAUAUACUUUCCAGGUCUAUUGAGCUGAAUGGCCAUGUGCUACGGAUGGUGGAUGACAAAAUGCUGCCAGAGCUUACUGAAAAACCCCUUGGUCCUGGCGGUGUACUCGGCCUUCCAGCCUUCUCUUACAGCUUUUAUGUUAUCAAAAAUGCCAAAGCUAUUGCUUGCAUUUAAAUGGUUAAUACACGUGCACAGGAUAAAUGUAAAGCACUUGGCUAGUAGGAAAUUUAAUGCUAGAAAUUCACGUUUCUACCACAAGUUUUAAUUCUGGCAAGGGAUGCAAAUGUGGCGGCACUGGUACAACCUGUGGGCUGGGGAAGACAUGAGAUCCUGCUGGGUAAUUUGUACAUGACAGAUGCUCGUUAAGCUCCUGGGAGAAUUAUCCAGGUAGGGCAAACCCAGGCAGGGGCUGGUUUUGCUCUCGGUCCGGCCUGGGUUGCUGCACUCGAGCACAGGGCAGCUCUGUGCGUGGCAUAGAGAAAGGCAUCAGCUUCUCAUGCUGCACUUGUGGUUCUGCCAUCUGGGAGCUGCAAACUCCUCUCUCCCUCUCAUUUCUGCAAGCAUAGCUCUUAAAGCAGUUCCUUCAAAAGCUUGCCUUCAGAGAGGAUGAGCAGGGCGUUUUAUUUUAGCUGUACAGCUGUGAUUUUACUGCAUCAUGCAGGGAAGCCCGAGGAGGGGUUGUGGUUGCUGAGGGUAUUUCGGGGUGGAAAGCGGGGACACACAAAGCAAACUGAGGUCGGGGUGCCUGCAGGGGAAAACACCUUGCCGAGAACCCAGGUCCUCCAUGGGAUUUGGGGCAGCACCGCACAUUUUUCCCAGGCUAGGAGAGUUCAGUCGCAAGAUGGAGCUGUAGCCACGUGCUUUCCAAAGGCAAGUUUUUGUCGCAGGAAAUGCAGGCUGUUCCUGCAGGGUGGUCUGCCUCUGCCCUCACACACUUCAUCCCCAGGAGGAAAGGAGAGGAGGCCACCAGCACCGUGGUCAGUGGGCUGCACGGUUAGGGCUCACGACUCCUCAACCUUCACCACCCUGCAGGUGGUUCAGCUGGAAAGGACUUCCCUGAACCUAUAGCUGCAGGUGGAGCUCUGCUUUACACUCCCUAACUCGCUCAGGUCUCUUCUGUCCUCCAGGAAACGGGAGAUUAAAGAGACUGAGCAAACCACCCACCCCUCGACCAUCAGAGGGACAUCAGGGACCUUAGAGCACCCCGGGGACAAACCUGCCAGGCCAGGCUGACAUCCCUCCCGCUGGGGAAACAGCCAUUUUGGCCAGAAAUCUGUGUUGGUGGUGGCUUUUCUCUCCGGCCAUGCCGUCCCCGUGCGGGCCCUGCUGCAUGCAAUUUGGUCUGCCGCUGCUCUGGCACACAGGCCGCCAGUCUGCAGCGUAGCAAAAUGCCUCAGAGAAUACCUGUGGUCUCCCACGCGUGUUUAUUUGCAUCGCCUUACGAUAUUUUGAGCACAGUAGGGGAAUACGCCACCACCACACCACUCUAUUUCCCUUUUUAAGCUUUAAAAGGAUGCUACCAGCUACAUGGGGUUUCAACACGGGGGAGGGGACCUUUUUUAAUGAGAAGACUUUAAAAAACAGAUGUACUUUUGAAGCUGUGAUGGAAAAUUGCACAAUAAAAAGGUUAUAUUUAGGUUCAGUGUGUCGAGGGAGUGUUUUCAUCCACAGUGCAGAGCGUAAAAAUGCAGUGGAAAGUCUUACAUACAGUCAACAUAAAGUUAAUAAUAUAUUAUUAUAAUAACAAUAUAAGUUACAACUAAGACAUGAAAGUUAUUGUUUGCCUGGUAGCUUCUUUUUAGAACUUUUCUAACAGUUUUGUUUAUUCCAAUGCUUGUGACUUUUGUAUUUGAAGAUUUUAAUUAAAGUGAUUUAUACCAG